AUGGCGCUCGCACAUGCAAGCUCUGGAACCGUGAGGGAUGUAGACCCCAGCAGUGUAGGAAUGAUGGAGGGGGCGUUUUUCGUCUCUCGAACUGAGUUGCUGGACUGGGUGAAUACGACCUUCAAUCUGUCGCUUACAAAAAUCGAGCAAGGCGCCUCUGGCGCCAUCUACCUCCAGAUCGUCGAUGGCUUGUUCGGUGGAGGUUCCAAGGUUCCCAUGGCAAAGGUGAAAUGGAACUGCAAGUUCGACUACGAGUAUAUCCAGAACUACAAGUUGCUUCAGUCGGUCUUUAACAAACAAGGGAUCAAAAAGCACAUUGAAGUGGACAAGUUGAUCAAGGGGAAGUACCAAGACAACCUCGAAUUUCUUCAGUGGCUGAAGGCCUUCUACGAUCGCCAGGCUGCUCAAUUCCGAGCGCCUGACAAACCCUACAAUGCGUACGAACGACGGAAGCUCGCAGGAUCCACGUUUCCGGACUGGGCGCAGCCUCACGACCCGGCAACCUCCAGUGUCUCCGUUUCGAGGGAGACACCUUCGCAGGCUUCCGUCUCUGCCCAGGCCUCUACGUCUCCAGUGACGUCUCGGGCAACAGGCUACGGCUCUCAGCAGGGGGAGAAACGGCGAAUGACGUCUGCGUCGCGGCUGUCGAGCAUGCAGAGUUCGGUGAAGGGCCGCGGAAGUCCGUACGGCGAGGGCGAGGCAGAGGCGAGGAGCGUGGGGUCUUCGAGACAAGUCUCAGGAAACCGCGACGAUCGAAACUGCCUGCGCGAGCUGGAGGCGACGACGCUGCGGCUGCGGGAGCGCGUGAAGACGCUCGAGGCUGACGUCGACCAGGCGCGUUUGGAACGAGAUUUCUACUUUCAAAAGCUCCGGCGCCUCGAGGUCAUGUGUGGACCCUCUGGCGCUGGAACGCUGAGUGUGAAGGACGUCCUCGCCGUUCUUUACGCGACAGAUGAGCACCUCGAAGAGGGAGAGGACGAAGCCAUGGACGUCCAGGGAGAAGAAGAAAAGGAGGAGAAUCGGCGCUACAAAGCAGGGACGAUGGAAGACCCGAGUGGCUUUUCCAGAGACGAAAAUGUGCGACGAACCGACAAGACAGGCGGGGCUUGCGCUACGCAUGCACAAGGCUCACGGCUCGGCGGUCUGGGAGAGGAAUGCGAUAGAGACCUUCUGGCAGGAAAGCGCCGAGCGCCGGUCUGCGCACGCCCCGGUGUCGAGACAGCUGAGCCGAUGCUUCAAUGAAGCGACAGGGCGGCUUUCAAGAAGCAGGAGCUGACAAUAGAAGAGACGUGGAGGGCCUCUGAGACUGGAGGUUCAGAGCGGGAGUCGGAAAAGCUUGCUCAGCGUUUUUAUCGCUCAAGUGCCUCUGGUGGAUUGGUAGAGUAGAACGGAGGCGAGAAAUCGACGGCUGCCGACAACACGCGGAUGAAAAGGGAUGUGAACAGUGGAGAGGGGAGAAGAAACAGAGGGUCGCUUGCGCAUAGAGAAAAGGAAAAGACGGAUCAGCCACACUCGUCUGCGGCAACAUUCUGCGACAGCCUGGCAGUAGACCUCAGAGACGCAGUUCGUCGGGAAGCAGCAGGCGUGAAAGUGCAUGCUCUCGCUGCUUCGGUGGCUGCAAAAUGACCGCACUGUUUUGUC